UCCCUCCGAGCGCGCGCAACCAGGGGCACCUGUCCCCCUGCGGGGGUGUCGCCGCCCCUCGGAGCCGCCGGGUGCUCGCCGCUGAGCCCUGGCGCCCCUGGCAGAAGCACUGCGAGGACGCCUCCCGGGACUGCACCGCGGCCCUGCGCACUCAGGGAGGCGAGGCCGGGCGCGGGGGGCGGCUGCGGGCUGGGAGGGCGCGCGGAGGGGACACCGCUGAGGGGACGCCGCUGAGGGCGCGGCGCGGGGAGCGCGGCUGGGGCGCCUCGAAGGGCAAGCGCCGAGGGGGCGCGGGCGCCGCCGGAAGCUGGGGCGGGGCGCCCAGCGGGAUGCGGUGAAGGGCGAGCGGCGCGGCGGCUGCGAUGAGUGCCUCUGCGGCCACCGGGGUCUUCGUGCUGUCCCUCUCGGCUAUCCCGGUCACCUAUGUCUUCAACCACCUGGCUGCCCAGCACGAGUUCCACGGAGACCUUUUUGUGAAGGGGCGUUGUGAAUGGAGAAAUGCUCAGUGCCUGAGCUGUUCCUGGACUAUUGUAGGGGUUGCUGCCCUCAUCCUGUUCCUGGUAGCACUGCUGGCUCGUGUCCUCGUCAAAAGAAAACCACCCCGGGACCCGCUGUUCUAUGUGUAUGCAGUUUUUGGAUUUACCAGCGUGGUGAACCUCAUCAUAGGACUGGAGCAAGAUGGAAUCAUUGACGGGUUCAUGACACACUACUUGAGAGAGGGUGAACCGUAUCUGAACACUGCAUAUGGGCACAUGAUCUGCUACUGGGAUGGCUCUGCUCAUUAUCUGAUGUACCUGGUGAUGGUGGCAGCCAUAGCAUGGGAGGAAACAUAUAGAACCAUUGGCCUAUAUUGGGUUGGAUCUAUUAUUAUGAGUGUUGUUGUUUUUGUGCCAGGAAACAUUGUAGAGGACACUGGAGGGAUACUGCUCCUCAAGGUAGUCUACACGGUCAUACAAUCUCAACUCCAGAGAUCCAGGCCCAUGGAGACUGGCUACAGGACAUCUGAGACACCUCCCCUUCCAAUCACAGCCAAGGUGGUCAAGGUUAUUCAAGAAGCCCAAGCAAAAGAUCUGCUGAGAAGACCAUUUGAUUUAAUGUUGGUCGUGUGUCUCCUCCUGGCAACUGGAUUUUGCCUGUUCAGAGGCUUGAUUGCUUUGGAUUGCCCAUCUGAGCUCUGCCGAUUAUAUACGCAAUUUCAAGAGCCCUAUCUAAAGGAUCCUGCUGCUUAUCCUAAAAUUCAGAUGCUGGCAUAUAUGUUCUAUUCUGUUCCUUACUUUGUGACUGCACUGUAUGGCUUAGUGGUUCCUGGAUGUUCCUGGAUGCCUGACAUCACAUUGAUACAUGCUGGAGGUCUGGCUCAGGCUCAGUUUUCUCACAUUGGUGCUUCUCUUCAUGCUAGAACUGCUUAUGUCUACAGAGUCCCUGAAGAAGCAAAAAUCCUUUUUUUAGCAUUAAACAUAGCAUAUGGAGUUCUUCCUCAGCUCUUGGCCUAUCGCUGUAUCUACAAACCAGAGUUCUUCAUAAAAACAAAGGCAGAAGAAAAAGUGGAAUAAAAAUAUUACUUCAUGUUCCUUUCUAAAUUACUAACUUUUGUUAUACUGGUACUGAUAUUAUGUCCCAUUUCAUUCUCUUCUCAUACAUGAAUACUUAAGAAUAUGUACAUUCUUGCUCUGCACUGUAUGUGUGAGCUAUAUAGUAUUGUGUCAAUUUCUGAAGGAAACUGGAAAUUCUUAAGAAAGUCUGUUUAAAGAAAUAUAUUCAAAAUCAUUUGUGAAUAAACUUGAUCAUCCAUCUCAAUAUUCUGUUUGACAUAUGAAAUAAUUAUGUGUAAAAAAUUACAAUUUAAUGUCAACAGUAGUGAGCAUGAAACUAUACAAAAGAGAAUAUAGAGAAUAUGGCCUGUGCAUAUUAAAAAAUUCAAAACAGUGAAUGCAGACUGGAGAAAUAACUUUUGCAAAUAAGAUGAAUAUGCUUCAUUAUUAACCUCAAUAUAAAAGGCAAAUCAUCAGAAUAUUUGUAAAUGUUGUUUGAAAAAUGUUUUCCCAAGGAAAGUUCAUUAUUUGCUGCUGUUUUAAGAAAAUUACUUUUACUGAUUUUUUUUGUGUGAAUUUAAAUAGCUAAAUAGGGAUCAAUAACUCUCUCUACCCUUAAUGAACACUUGUUUUAGUGGUGGCUGAAAAUAUUUCUAUUGUAUUUCUGUGUAUAUUUUUAAUAAAAUUAUUUUUGGCCUCUUAUGAAGACAAAUCUUACUAAAUUUGAAACAUUUCAUAUAUACACAUAAAAUUGCUUUUAAACAAAAUUUGUGAGUUGUAUAUUCCAAUUCAAAACGUCAUCUACAUUCCCCUUAUGUUUCAGUGUGAGCAAUGAAGAGGCCUUUUGAUGAAUUAAUUAAAUUUCAUUAAUUUAAAAAUACAUUCAAAUAUUCAAAAUUAAAAAGUAUCUUUUAAAGAAAAAGUAUUAGAUUGACAUCCCUACUAUCUUUUUAUGAACUUUCCAUGUUUGGGAUUGUAUGCUGAAUAUAUUAGAGAAAAUCAGUAUUUACUAAAUGAAAGAAACACACCAAAAAUACAAACAGCCACCUCCUCACUGUGCCCUGGAAUGAUAAAUGGACUGGUGCUUUCAUACCCUUAGCUGCCAUCAUCAUCAUCAUCAUUAUCAUUAAUGGCCCUAGGCUUUUAGGUCUGCUCACAUUUUCUCAUGUUUUUAUUAGCUCUCACAAAGAAAACCAAAAGAAAAUGGGAUACAAAUCAAUGCAUGGAUAAUAUCAGGUUACAAAAUCUAGGGUCCACAGGGCUGGUAAAUAUGCAUGUGUAAGCAAAUCAUGUAGUCAUCUCCCCUUCAUCCCCUACAGUGUUUUCAAAUAAUCUAAAACCCAGCGAGUGUUUAAAAAAAAAAAAAAAGAAAAAACCCUCACCUGCACUUGAUUCUAUUGUCAGCUUGCUGUGAACAAUUUUUGCUUUAAUAUAUGAAUUACAUUAAUACCUCACAUUACAUAUAUGAAGCCAAAUUACACUAACUUGGUUUGCUUACAACCUCAAAUCUUACUCCCAGUACACAUUCCAAUAAAUUUAUUCUGUAAAAACAAUACAUUUUUUUGUUUUUGAUUUUUUUACAGUAAACUUUUCAACUACAAACCUUGAAUACGCAAAAGAUGUUCCAAGGACAAGCAUUAACAGGAUUGAUAAAACCCAAACUGACUAAAUGUGUUCUCACAAUAUAAGCUGGCAUAAAAAUAAAUAAAAUUCUCUAUUUUCACAAUAGCAACAAUAAUGUACACAUAAUAAUGGUUUAUGGAUGAAUAUUAACUAUUCUAAUUGUAGUUCCAAAAGAAAACAGUUUAUUUUAAAAGUCUACAUUUAAAAGUCAAUGUUUUGUCUGGUUUCCCAUAGGGCUGUUGCUGAUUCCAGCUUUAAAAUGUGAAGUAUCCACCUUGAGUGCUUAGCUCAAAAUUGUAUUGGCACUGGGAAAAAAUAAAUCAUUGCCUUUAUUUUGGAGUAACACAAAAAGACUCACUAACUUCACAUAUAGAAACUUAGUUUGUGUACAUAACAAUAUGAAUUUUGAGAAGUAUAAGCUGUCAACUAGCUAUUUCUAAUAUGGAAUAGAUAUUUUACAAUAUGGUUAAACUUUACACAUGGCCUCAAAACUGAAGGACGAUUUUAAUUUCGUCUUCAAUAUACCAACAUUAUGUAUGUAGGAAUUAAUUCCUGGGUCUGUCAAAGAGAGGAAAUUCCAUUCUUAAGCAUUAUGUUGAGUGGUCAUCUAAAAAAUGUUAAUUUAUAUUUAACUGAGUGUUUGGUGAUGGUGGGGUCAAGGCAGGAAAAUGAUGAUCAUAACUGCCUUGAUAAAAGGAUCCUAGACAUGUAUAAGUCUGCGCAAAAAUCUUGAUAAUCCUUAGUGGUUAAGGGCAACCUCAUGCAACCAAAUAACAUGAAAUUAAAUCAAUAACUUUUUAAAAAGGCUGAAAUGUCUUUUCCCCCCAAAACACAACAGAGGAAUAUGAAUAAUGUACAUACAAACUGGGGUUCUGUCAAUGACAACAAGGACUAUGUGUUGGUUCAUAUCAAAUCCAAGAAUAUUAGACAACCAAACAUAUAACCUUCUUGUGGUUUUUCUUAAUAUGCAGCAUUCAUUAUGGUAGUUAGGUCUGUAAAAAAAAAAAAAAAGAAAGAAAACAAGCCUUUAGAUGAUUUAGGAUACUAA